UCCACAAGCAAUGGGCUGCUCCAGCAGUCGCCCUGUCGACGACGAUACCGCUGGCGAAGGAAGCGUUCGCGACGCCGAGCGGCCGCUGGCCAUCACUCCGCGGUCCAAGCCAGCGCCACCAACACCUCUGCCCGACGCCUCACUCCCGACGGGUGAGAUGCAGCAGCGCGUGGUGGGAAUGGUGGCCGAGAUUCGGAAGACGGUUCCCCGGACAAGCUCUCGCGGCGACGAGCACAGUGCGGCGUCGGACGAGCGCGAUCAGCCAGAGCCGCAGUCGAGCUCGGCUCCGGCUCUGGAGACGCUCACCAAGGACGCAGCGCCAAAGGUGGACGCCGCGCUCCGCGAGAUCCUCGAGACGGAGCGCGCGUACUGCAUCGCCCUCCGGACGCUGGUCGACCGCUACAUGCGACCCCUACAGCCGCUCCUCGGCGAUGACGUGCCUGUCAUCUUUGGCAAGUGCGAGAUCAUCCUCGGCGUGAACGAGGCGCUGCUGCAGCAGCUGCAGGGCGCCCUUGCCACCACGAGCGACGCGUGCUUGUUGGAAUCGGUCGCGGCGGUUGCACGAGCAUUCCUCACCAUCGUGCCCUUCCUGCGCUCGUACGCCAUCUAUUGCUCGGGCUAUUUCGCCGCGCUCGAGCGGCUGACAAAGCUGACGGCGGACCAAGGCGGCACCCUCGCCACCACGAUCCGGCGGCUCGAGGCCGAGGUGGCCGAGGACGGCGGUGCGGCCGGCGCGGCGGGCGGAUUUGCCGACCUGCGUCUCGCGGCAUGCCUAAUCAAGCCGGUGCAGCGCCUCUGCCGCUACCCGCUGCUGCUCGAGGGCUUGCUCGCGGCGCUCAAAAAGGCCACGGGUCAGUGCGGGCGCCACCCCGCCAUCGAGCUUCUCUUGCAGGCGAACGACAAGGUGCGAGGGAUGGCGGACAACGUCAACAAGAUGGUUCGGGACGCCGAGUCGCGCGUCAAGAUGCUAGAGGUACACGAGCGACUGCGCGGCGCCUGUGCCAGCCUCAUCACACCAUCGCGGCGCUUUGUGCUGGAGGCGGAGGUGGCAGUCUCAAGGCCUAAGACGAGCCGUGGGGGAGGAGCGGGCGCGAGGGCGGGGGAGGCGUGCGCGCGCGGCACGCCCAAGGAGCACAAGCUGCUCCUCUUCUCGGACCUCCUCCUCCUGGCUCGCCCCGAGCGGCGCGAUAAGAACUGCCUGCAGCUCGGGAUGCAGUUCCGGGUCGAGGAGCUAGUCCUCGAGUGGGCGGUGGAGGGCGCGGCCGAGGAGUCGCUCCAGCGCUCGAGCGCGCUGCCGCGGCGGAGCUCGACCGUCCCCGCCGCCGCCAGGGACGACUCCUCGCCCACCGUCGAGGGACCCUCGGCGUUCUGGCUGCGCGCCGCCGAGGGGAGCGUCCACGUCGGCUGCGGCAGUGCGGCCGCGGCGCGGCAGCUGUACGACUCGCUGGUGGAGGCCAAGGGGGCGCUGGUGCUGCUCCAAAGCAGCCCGGCCUUUGAGACGCGGCGGACGCAGAUGGCCGACGCCGCGCCUGAGGAGGCCAGCUUUGACUCCUCGUCGAGCUUUCAGCCGGUGAGCAGUUGGCGCGGUGCUGGCAAGAAGAGCAAGCGCCAGAGCGCGCAGAAGCCCGCCGUCGGUCUGUCCUGGCCAACCUCGACGCUCGCCCGAACCUUCUCCGGGCUGAAGACGCAGCGGGGCAGGAGGAGAGACAGCGAGAGCGUCGGCUCGACCCGGCCGUCGACGCGGGCGAGCGAGGCUGCCGCCGAUGAUGCAGACACGGACUGCGCCGCGUCGGAGGCGUCAGAGGCGUCGCUGUCCUUUCCGCAUUCGCCGGAGAGGCUCGGGUCCCUCGAGAGGAAGCAGUCCGCUCACGCAUCGUCAGAGUCGUUGACUCUUGUGGCAUCGCACGCGGACGCUCUCCUCGGGGUGCAGCAGAUGCGCCAGACCAACUCUGGGAGGUCGCUUGGGCCGGACUAGCUCAAGUCGGAGUUGUUGUGAGAUAUAUGGCGUGUUCGGGCCCGUGUCUCUCGAGCUGUCACAUGACAACUACAUGUC